AUGUGCCGCCCCCCACCCCCACCAGCGUGUGCAGAGAACACCCAGCGACGUGCCCUUUAGAUUCUUUGUUCUUACUGCUUGUUACCAGUGUGGAGGGAGCUUGCUUCUCCUACAAGGCUUGGGCAGAGAGAGAAAAAUGAAACUGCAAAAAAGUGGAAAUAAUGAGAAAUAGACAAAGAAUGGAGCAGGGAAGGAGGUAUAAUAACCAUUUGCUGGCUUAUCAAUUAGCAAACAAUAUUCUUGUAAAGAACCAGGCUAUAGAAUCUGCCAUAAAUUUGAAUCCCUGCUCCUGCAUUCAUUAGCUAUGUGACCUUGUGCAAGUAACUUAACUUCUCUGAGUUGGUUUCCUUACCUGUACUUUGGAGGUAAUAAUAGUACCUACUGUGCCCAUUUGAGGUUAUUAUAAGAAUUGGGUUAUGGCAGUAAAACAUAUAACACAAUGCCUUGCUCAUAGUUAACACAUCGUGGCCGUAUCAGCCCAUUUGCUUGAGUGGCAAGAGGUAAGGGGCUGAUGUAGUCAAUAGGAACUCAGAGGGCUACAGGGACAGAGGGAGGCUUCCCAGGCAACACAGCUAUUCUCUUCUGGCCCCAGCUGAAGCAAAGGCCUAGGGAUGGCCGAGGAGGGGGGCUGGUGGCAGAGGAAGAGGGCAUAAUAGCCCAUUCUUCCCUGUCCCCACCCCGGGACCUAAUGACCCGCCCUGGGCCUCCCCCAGCUCUAUGGCUACUGCUAUCAGGACAGUGAGGACAUCCCGGACACCCUGACCACCAUCACGGAGCUGGGCGCCCCUGUGGAGAUGAUCCAGCUGCUACAGACGUCCUGGGAGGAUCGAUUCCGAAUCUGCCUGAGCCUGGGCCGCCUCCUCCACCACCUGGCCCACUCCCCGCUGGGCUCUGUCACCCUGCUGGACUUCCGCCCCCGACAGUUCGUGUUGGUGGAUGGGGAGCUGAAGGUGACGGAUCUGGACGACGCACGUGUGGAGGAGACGCCGUGUGCAAGCAGCAGCGACUGUGUGCUGGAGUUUCCUGCCAGGAACUUCACCCUGCCCUGCUCAGCGCAGGGCUGGUGCAAGGGCAUGAACGAGAAGCGCAACCUCUACAAUGCGUACAGGUUUUUCUUCACAUACCUCCUUCCCCACAGUGCCCCAGCCCCACUACGGCCUCUACUGGACAGCAUCGUCAAUGCCACGGGAGAACUCACGUGGGGGGUGGAUGAGACCCUGGCCCAGCUGGAGAAGGUGCUGCACCUGUACCGGAGCGGCCAGUAUCUGCAGAACUCCACCGCAGGCAGCAGAGCUGAGUACCAGUGCCUGCCAGACAGCACCAUCCCCCAGGAAGACUACCGCUGCUGGCCAUCCUACCACCACGGCAGCUGCCUCCUUUCCGUGUUCAACCUGGCUGAGGCCGUGGACGUCUGUGAGAGCCAUGCCCAGUGCCGGGCCUUUGUGGUCACCAACCAGACCACCUGGACAGGUCGGCAGCUCGUCUUUUUCAAGACAGGAUGGAGCCAUGUGGUCACUGAUCUCAACAAGACCACAUAUGUGAGGACCUCUGGCUGAGGGCUCAGCUGACCGGCUGACCAUCCCCGCCAGCGGGGCUUGCCUGUGGAGGGAGUGACUUGCCCUGGCAGCACUGCAUGUCGCCCGGGAACCACUGCAGACAGGCUGACAUCCCAGACCAAGGUGACCAGGACAGUGUGCAAUAAUGCCAAAUGUUAAAAUGUGAGUUUACCUGUCUAGGUGCGGGACUGCUGGCUCCAGGGCUAGGAAUCCUGGGGGCUGCCUGCCUGCGACCCUCUGGGCCGCCAGCAAGGCUCAGGCUGGCCUCCCCGUGGGAGCUCUGCCCCUUACUGGGACAGUUCCAUGGGCAGCCCCGUCACUGUGUUCGUAGUAUGAGAAUGUAGCCAAAGCCCCGGCUGCUGCUGCUGCUGUUGCUACAGGUGCCAUGGCCUCGCAGGGGCCGCAUGGAGACAAUCGGUCAGAGUGUUCUCUCAGCUGAGCUCCGGACAGGAGACGUGAUGGGAUGCGCCAGGAAGUCAGUGGCUCUGUACCUGGGAAGGCCACCCGCCCAGGGUUUUCACGGGCCCGCCCGGGGACAGUGGCAGAGGAGCACACGUGGUAUGAGCCAAGACGUGGGGUCGAGGAGCAGGUGCGGUUUGAGCCAGGACUUGGGGUGGGGGUGGGGCCGGGGCCUUUCUGCCUCAUUUGCUUUCAGUGAAAGCCAAAAACAGCCAAAAACAGCCUCUCCCUCCUCCUGGAGUUUGUAUAUCCAGAAGCUUUUGUACUUCUUGUUCAUUAAAAUGUUUAUUUUUGUAAAAAAAAAAAAAAAGUCAAUCAAUUAAUAAAGUGACGUUUCACGACAAGGCCUCUUCCC